AGUAGGACUAUGGAGGAGCUAGUUCAUGAUCUUGUCUCAGCACUGGAAGAAAGUUCAGAGCAAGCCAGAGGAGGUUUUGCUGAUACUGGAGAUCAUUCUCGAAGUGUGUCUUGUCUUCUAAAGCGACAGGCAAGGAAAAGGAGGGGACGAAAAAGACGUUCAUUUACCACCCAUCAUCCUUGGGAGACUGGUCACUGCUUAAGUGAAGGUUCUGAUUCCAGUUUAGAAGAAUCAAACAAAGACUACAGGGAGAAUCAUGCUAAUAAGAAAGAUCACAGUGACUCUGAUGACCAGUUGUUGGUUGCUAAACGUAGGCCUUCCUCAAACUUAAAUAACAUAAGAGGGAAAAGACCUCUGUGGCAUGAACCAGAUUUGGCUGUUGACAGUUUGGGAAACAGAACUUUGCGCAGGAGAAGAAAGGUAAAACGGAUGGCAAUAGAUCUGCCAUCAGAAGUCUCUAAUGCACUGACAAUAACUCAACAGCAGGAUAACAGCAGAGAUCAAGAAAUGGACAAUGACAAUAAAACAUACCAACUCCAAGACUUUUCCAAGAGCAAAGUGAAAAAAAGAAAAGUAGCUGCAACUCGACAAGGACCAGAAAUCUUGGAUGAAGGAGUAGUUAUAGAACAUGAAGAAAUGAACCAAGCAAAUAAGGACAAAAUGGAGUAUGAGGAGCAAAAAGGCUCAGAUGAGAACAUGAGUGACAGUGAAUCCAGCAGUCUGAGCAGCAGUGAUGCUGGUUUGUUUACCAAUGAUGAGGGAAGACAAGGUGAUGAUGAGCAGAGUGAUUGGUUUCAUGAAAAUGAGCCUGGUGGAGCAUGUGGAAUUACAGGGGUCAUUCCCUGGUGGGAACAAGAUGACUCUACAGAACUGGAGAGAGAAUUGCCUGAUCCAGUCUUUGAAAGUAUCUUAACUGGUACUUUCCCUCUUAUGUCUCGUUCAGGGAGGAGAGGUUUCCAGAAUAGAUUUAGUCAUCUUCAUGGAAUGCCAGCAAGAAACAUAAAAAAGGCUUCAGGAAACCAGAAUGCAUUGAUUACUCCAGGACCAGGUAGUAGCAGGAAAACGGUUCACUUGUCCCAGGAUUCUCUUCACCAUGACCACUGGUUUAGCCCUGGGGCUAGGAAGGAACAUAGCCAGCUCUUGCGAGACAACCGAUCAGAGAGAGGACAUAAGAAGAGCAGCUCUGUAAAAACAGCUAGCCGGUAA